GCUCCGUAUGCGUCAACCGGCUGUCAUUAUUAACCAAGAAUUAGAGUAGUAGCAAGGAUGUACCAUUACGAUAAGAAUAUAAAUACUUGAUAUAUUAUUUUUUUUCAGAAAUUACGAAAAUAUUUUCAUUUAAUUGAUUGUCUUCUAUAUCUCUAAUAUCAUAGUUUUUGUAUAUCUCACAUUUAUUUAUAAUUGAUACAAUAGACGCAACCUUUCUUUUUUAAUCUUGAUGAAAUGGCAUCUGUCAAUUGUAAACGUCAACGUUGUUUUGUGAAAAGGUUUUAAAAAUGAAAAAUGUUUAACGUGUCUUAAAAUUUUAUCAAAAAUGAAUUACAAAGAUAAUGUAUUGAAUCCAGAACCAAUAAAACCGAAAAGCAGUAUUCUAUGUUGGGAUAUUAGUGAUUAUAGUCAAACGAUUCAAUUUAUUUUGUGUACUUGUGCAGUAUUUAUAUUUUUCCUUCUAUAUGGUUACAUGCAAGAACUUAUAUUUACUAUUGAAGGAUUUAAACAUUAUGGUUGGUUCUUGACACUAGUGCAAUUUGGAUUUUAUAGCAUAUUUGGAUUAUUAGAAACGAAAAUAAGACGUAUAGGUACCAGGAAGAUACCAAUUAAAACGUAUUGUUUACUUGCUCUUUUAACAUUAGGAACUAUGGGUUUUUCGAAUUCGUCCUUGGGGUAUUUGAAUUACCCAACACAAGUGAUUUUUAAGUGUUGCAAACUUAUCCCUGUUUUAGUGGGAGGGAUAUUAAUACAAGGGAAAAAAUACGGGCCUCUAGAUUUCUUAGCUGCUUCAUUUAUGUGUAUAGGAUUAAUUUUAUUCACUUUAGCCGAUUCUAAGGUACAACCAAAUUUCAAUUCAACUGGAAUCGUGAUUAUAUCAAUGGCGUUAUUAUGUGACGCUAUUAUUGGAAACGUCCAAGAAAAAUCGAUGAAAAAUUACGGCGCGACAAACGCUGAAGUCGUAAUGUAUUCCUACACUUUAGGUUUUUUGUAUAUUUUUAUAAUAAUGUUGAUUUCUGGUGAUUUAAUUGACGGUAUAAAUUUUUUUUUGCGCAAUCCCAAGAAAAUGUACGGUUAUGCUUUUAUAUUUUCUUUCACGGGUUAUUUGGGUAUUCAGAUUGUUUUAACUUUGGUUAGAACGUCCGGUGCUUUCGCCGCCGUUACGGUAACAACAUGUAGGAAAGCUGUAUCAAUAGUUAUAUCUUUUAUGUUCUUUAGUAAACCGUUCAUAUUUCAGUAUUUAUGGUCUGGUUUACUCGUGGUUUUAGGAAUUUAUUUAAAUUUAUUUAGUAAAAAACACCCAAUUUCGUUAGGAGAUUUCGAAAAUAAAAUCGAAGCUGUUUAUAGGUACUUACGGUAUAAAUUUAUCACUAGUAGGUAUCAAAGUGGACGAUAUUUAACUGAAGUGUAAUUAAAUAAAAAUAAACUGAAAUAAA